UUACGAUUCUGAAGUCAUGAUCGUUUAUCAAAAUAAUAUAUGUAGCAAGUUUGCAUUACUUUUUUUAUAGGGUUUCGGUUGUCACUUCAGCUAAUCAUUUCACACCAGCACAAUCUUUUGUUUUAAAAUGGACCCUGAGGAAACAGUGGUGGAGCUUGGAAAAACAUGUCGGUACAAAACUGCACAUUGUAUUGGAAGGGGCUCUUUUGGGAAUGUCUACAACGCGACGGUUACCGACCGCGGGGAUUACAUCGGAGAAAACAAAGUGGCAGUUAAGAUUAUUCAGCUAGACAAGGAAGAACACUGGGACGAUAAAGAAAUGUAUAACCGAAUGCAUGGCAGGCUGAAAUCACUGCUGGAUCUUGAUACUGAACACUUGGUAGGAUAUUUCAAAAUUAAAAUUAUCACGCCACAUACAGGAAGGCUUUUUUCCGUCGAGCUCGUGAUGGAGUUUUGUUCUGGUGGAGAUCUUGGAAACAGAAUGAAAAAGUUGCACCAAGCUGGAAACUGUCUUGCUUAUUCAGUAGUAAAACAUUACGCAAAAGAUAUUGCUGACGGACUAAGCUAUCUGCAUAAAAAAGCUAUUAUUCAUGGAGAUCUGAAACCGGGAAACGUUCUUAUACGGACCCUACAAGGUGGCGAUGAAAGACUAGUUCUUUGUGACAUGGAUGAUUUAGUGCAAAUGCAGGACCGAAGUACGUGUUCUCGAGAUCUCACCCAUCUUCGAGGCACUAUACGGUAUAUGGCGCCCGAGUUGCUGCAUACUUUUGUUUCGUUGAACGCUAAUGGUGCUAAACAGAACAGCCCUGGAAGAAAAACGGACAUAUGGAGCUUGGGAUGUAUUAUACUGAAGUUGUCGUAUUUCAUAAGCAACCGUCACGACGAAUGUUUAUACAAAGGAACGACAAUAAUCGUGGCGGAUGACAACGAAAUGAAUGAUAAUCGGUAUAUGACCCUGGUCGCCGAGGGAUACGCCCCACUUAUACCUGUUCUGACACACCCGAUUCUGGCCACGUGCAUUGAACGUUGUCUUCGAAUAGAGAGUGAAGACAGAAUUUCCGCAGAUCAAGUGCAGGCUCUGCUGUCUAAAAUUGAAAACUUGCAUUAUAAAGAAAUUGUGCUGUUGCUGCAUCAAAAAACUGUCGGCAGAAACGUUGGUUACUCUAAUACUACGUCGUAUGUUAAUUAUCACCACGCACAAACAUUUGACCCUUCCACUAAUACGAUAAGAAUAUUUCCGCUUCCGGCAAAGUUCGUAGAAAAUCAGCAGCAGCUCAAAUUUACAGCUUUUAAUAGUUCCGCUAUGCUAUGCCAGGCGGAACGUAUCGGGCGAAGUGGCAAUUUGCAAAACGCUAGAUUCUUCGAAACAGUCGUAUGGGAUGUUGCCGAGCAGACGUAUCAUCCUGUUCCUCAUUUUUUACCGGACAGAAGGAUUAACCAUGCCGUUACAGUGAACAACAAGAUUUACUUUACGGACAAAAAUGAUCAUCUGCUGCAUAUAGCCGACCUACUGACACCUUCUACCAUUAUCAGUGUGGAUGUACCAAAGAAAAUAUUUCGGAUUCUAAACGGUGUGCAGCUGGCUGAUAAAAUCAUUUAUAUUGGCAUGCCUAGUAACGGAACAGUUGUAAACGCGAUGUUUGUGGAAUGUUUUGAUACUGUGACCGGUGAAUGGAGUUCCCUUCCCGUUUUACCUGGAUCUCGAGUUCAGUUCGCCAUGCUUGCCUUUAAUAACGAUAUUUACAUUUUUGGCGGUUGUUCGCCUCAAGGAUCCGUGAAAACAUGUUGGCGCUUGAGAAUGUCAACUGAAACUUGGGAAACAAUGGGACCGCUUUUAGAAGACAGGAGAGAUGCUUGCGCUUUUGCCUUGGAUCAGCGUAUAUAUGACUAUCAACAGCAAACUCAUCGGUGGAUCCAUGGCUCCAAAAAAUGGCUUCAUGGGCAUCUUUAAAUUGGUUCUGAACUGCAGUCCCCAUUUAGACGGUCUCCGGUGGCGGUGACCCGGUUUGUUCUUCAACUCGGGCAAGAAGCUUGUGGUUAUUAUUGAUACAGAUGAGAUCGUUGCUGACGGAAACACUUCGCUGGAUGGCAAACUCUUCCACGACCAUACCGGCAAUUAGCGCGAGAAUCAUUCCCAGCAUGACCAGAUGUCCGGUAAGAUCGGUCUGGAACACGUGGUGGACUGAACCCCACAUGCCAAGCGAAGCCACGAAGGGCUGGGCGCUAGACGCGACCGCGAAGAACCAUACAAUAACCAUUAGCAGCAGGUACACGAAAGAGGUUCGGCACAUGCAAUCACUAAUCUCCCGAUCUUCUCCGAAGAAUAUUAGAUUUCUGUUGCCGCCAAACACUCGCACACAUGCCACCACCGAGCCGACCCCCCAUAACAGCUGCAUCCCGUACAAUGGGAUCGUAAAGAAUACGAAGGCCAGCGUUUGCAUCACCGGAAAAAUGUGAGCAGAAAACAGAAGUCCUGAAAAUAAAUCAUAUCCAGGUGUACAUAGGUCUAAACCUGGACACUUAUUACAAAUAGCAAGAAUUUUUGUUACAAUAACAAUAAAUCGGAAAGUUAACCUUUGGUAUGAUUUCUCAGCAAAAUUCUCGGCUCCACCAUGCGUAUCAGGUCGAAACGUUUGCAUCCUUGUUCGAUGUUAUGUGAUACAAAAACUUC